GCUCCGCGCGGGCGGCGAUGAAGCCGGCGCGCGCGGCCGUGUGGAACGCGAGGGCCGCGCUGCUCUACUCGCUGGGCGGCUGGACCGCGCUGGGCGGCCUCAUCUACUACAGCCGCAUGGAAAAAGCCAGCACCGAGGGUGAAAAUGAUCCUGCUGCAAACGAAGGGAUCCGCAAAGAAGUACGCGUUAAGGAGUAUCCUUUUGGAUUGACAGUGAGAACAGAAAUAACAUACAGAGAGGAACAGCCUCCUAUUACGCGACUGCUCAGGCGUGUGGUAUCAUUCUUUGUUCCUGAUGACAGCCCUCCUUCCGAAAAGUGAGCUGUUGAGAAGCUCAGAACAUUGUGCUGGACCUCUGAGAACAUCAUCCCAGACCACUGCUGGAAAACUGUCCCUUGCAUUGCUGAAACAGCAGCUCUGCCCAGCUGGUGCGAAGUUGCUUUCCCAGCUAAUGUGCAGGAUGUACCUGGGUGUCCAGGAUGUACCCAGGAUGGCUCCUAUCUGAAAUGGAUACUUUAGGAGUGAUUAGUAGAUGGGAAGGAAUGUGGUUUCAUGUUUUGAUGUGAGAGUUCAUAACGGUCCUUCAAAUAAAAGCUCACAAGAGAUGA